AUGAAACAUGAUAACCUGCUACUGCACAACCUGCCCCAACACUAUCAAGAAAAUGAGGGACCUGAAGUCCUAUCAAGAACAUUCAAUUUGCAUGUAGCACUAACUCCAUUUCAAAUUCCCUGCUUGUCUGGCUGUCUCAAAAGACAGCUUUCAGAUAAUUACAUCCAUAAGGAACCCAGUCCAUGUACUCCAAGACCAAGAUAUAAAGAGUUCAGGAAAUUCCUUCAUUGCUGCAAGCUUCCCUGAUGAGCAGAAAGGAAGCACAGAUGACUUGCUCUAUGUGUACUGCCAGAAGACAACUGAGCAAGGGAAAAGUCUCCAUGUACAUUUGUUAAUGGAUGUACACCUUAUAGUAGUGGAAAAGACCCUCAGCCAAUAGGCUUCCCUGCUGAACAAUACUAUGAUGUCACUGAGCUGGCCAAAAAAAAAAAAAGUAAUGUGUGUAUGAAUGAUGAACUAUCAUUGUGCCUGCCAUUUUCCCCCUCUUGCCCCUACCCUACACACAUUUCUAGGUAUACCAUGUUCCCAAACUUCAGCUCACUUGAGGGUUGAGACACUGGGAUCAAUUCAAGCAGUCAUCAACCUUUCCAUCCCAGUAUCUCUAGCAAGACUUUUGACAUGGUUGUUCUGAGGAAAACCAGAGCCUCAGAAGCCAACAGAGCUAUUAGCACAGCUGCCAUUCCCCACAAAAGCUUGAUGGAUUACUCACUUUCCAAGUUUGUUGAAGAAAAUGGUCAUAUGUAUUUUUCAAAUCCACCAAAGACAGUGGCACCCAACCCUAUUUAAGAGCUCAAAUAUAACUUUUCUCCAAGAAUAACCAAUAUGCUACAAAACACUGAAAGGGCUCUAGAGAUCGCAACAGUCAGAAACAUUUCUGCUGCUCUGUCACAAGUGACACCUCCUAAAGGGUGCACUGCAUGCUUACUUCAAGGUGACCAUCCCCAUGAAUCAAUUCUGCAAAAACAGUACUCCUUCAGCCCCACAAUAAACAACCUUCUGAAAAUCACUGACGUGUUGAAAAAAGAAGCAUUGUAGAGGUGGCAGCUUUCAGGAAGGCCCAAAUUUGAACCCCUUCCAAAAUCUGCAUGUUCACUUUCCUAUAAAGACUUCAAGUCCAGCUAUUUGGAUCAACACACAACAUUGAAAAACCCAGUCAGCCUAAGUAAGCCAAGCUUACCGCUGGAUGUAAACCAUGAAGAAAGUGGAAUUUUGUUGCACAGACUUUGCCAUCAAGAAACAUGUCUGCCUGCAUGGAGACCAGAGGAUGGGCCAAGAGAGAUAACACUGCCUGAAUGGAUCGCCAGCGGUGAAGUUCCUCAGCUCCAGACAGGGCAGAUGGAGCUUCAACAUUCCUUCUCUAUGACAGCAGCACAAAAACAUGUACAUGAUUCUGUAAAAGGAGAGGAAAAAAUCCUCACAGAUAACACUACUGAAAGAGACACAAGAACUAUUCAAGGAGCUUCAGGAAUAGCUGAGGAUCAGAAGAGGCUGAAAGAAGAGGAUCAGAAUAGAGGCUGCUUCCAUUUAUGA